ACAGGUUGCUUGUGGGUCGGUUUACGUAUGACAUUUCGAAGUUACAAUAGUUGCUUUCUUAACUUCGUUUGCUCUACUAGACAGUUUCUCAUUACUGCAUAAUUGUUAAUAACCAACGGCUCAUUAUAAACAAUAUUUUAGGCUUGUCUAUAUUUGAAUACGUGCAGAAACAUCGAAACAUUUAACGAGACAUGUAAAUGGGAACUCAUCUCUCGUUAACGCGCUAAAGAAAUUACGAGUAAUUUUCUGAAAAUAUUUAGUGGCCAUCUCACAGAGACAAUGAGUUUUGGGGAAAAACAGGAGAGUCCAACAAAGGACGAAUGGGUUGCCAAACUAGAGGAGGGCUCACAUAUCCAAAGAGCGACGAUGAAUAAUUUAAUCAUGAAUUAUUUAGUAACAGAAGGAUUUAAAGAAGCAGCUGAAAAGUUUCAACAAGAGUCCGGCGUAGGACCGACCGUGGAAUUAAACUCGUUGGAUGAUCGAAUUCGUAUUCGCGAUGCAAUUCAAAAUGGACGCAUUCAAGAAGCUACAGAUUUAGUUAACCAAUUACACCCAGAAUUGUUGGAUAAUGACAGAUAUCUCUACUUCCAUUUGCAACAAUUACAUUUGAUCGAAUUAAUACGUACAGGAAGAAUCGAAGAGGCACUUCAAUUUGCUCAGGAUGAAUUAAGCGAAGCUGGCGAGUCCGAUGACAGCAUACUGGAUGAAUUAGAGCGUACUCUUGCUUUACUGGCUUUUGAUGAACCACAUAAGAGUCCAUUCAGUGAUUUGUUACAUCCAACCCAUAGACAAAAGAUUGCAAGUGAAUUAAAUGCAGCUAUAUUAAAAAUGGAACAUAAAGAAUCAACGAGUCCAAGAUUGAAUAAUUUGUUAAAAAUGAUUUUGUGGGCCCAAUAUGAAUUGGAUAAGAAAAAAAUUAAGUACCCUAAGAUGACAGAUUUAGGUAGUGCUACAAUUGAGAGUCCAAAAUAAAUAAACUGCAGAAUUCAAAGGACUAAGAAGGAUACAAUAAACUUAUUUAUUAGAUAAUUGUGAAAAAAAUUGCAUAUGAUUUUUAUUGAAUAAUACUUUUUGAUAGUAAUAGAAUUGUCUGAAAUGGGGUGUUAUUUUACAAUUGAAUGAGUAGUCAAAAGGUCAGUGAAUCCCUUUACAUUAAAUCAAGUUACAUUUUGGCGCCCUUAUAAUCUCGAUAUAAAUUGUUUAGAUUUCAUAUUUUGCCUAAAAACAUAUGUUAUGUAUUGAAUGUGAUUUCUUUCAAAAAUACUAUUGGCUAAAAGUACUAAAAUUACAAAUUAUUGGUUACUUUUGUUCAAGAUAUAAACAUGUCUAUUAUAACUGAGAAAACAAAUUAAUGUUGAUAAUUGAUCUUUAAACUUGAUGGUUUUCAAUAAUUAGAGCUAUAAUUAGAGUUGAAAUUGUAAUUUCACUUUUAGGAAAUUAAUGUCGUAGAUUGUUUCUAAGAUAUAUAUAUAAAUACUUAAUCCCUGUUAUAGCAUAUGAAAUAUGGUGUGAAUGAGGUACAUUGUAUAAACAUUUUUAAUAAAAGAUACGCUAAAGAGA